UUGAAACUCGAGGGACCGCGUCCCGUGUUGAUCACUCUUUACCAACACCAUACGACUACGAGAUUCACAUCCCCCAAAGCAGGUUUCGAACUUCUUAUUUGACGACCGCGGUGAUUCGCCAUGGGAAGGCCAAGGCUUAUUAUCCUGGUCCGGCACGCCCAGUCAGAGGGUAACAAAAACCGGGACAUCCACCAGACGAUCCCCGACCACCGUGUCAAGUUGACUCCGAAAGGAUGGCAGCAGGCAUACGAGGCGGGCCGGCGGCUGCGGGCGAUGCUGCGCGCCGACGACACACUGCAAUUCUUCACCAGUCCGUACCGCCGCACGCGCGAGACGACCGAGGGUAUUCUUACCACGCUGACGAGCGACGAGCCUGAGCCCAGCCCAUUCAAGCGCGACAAGAUCAAGGUAUACGAGGAGCCGCGGCUUCGCGAACAGGAUUUUGGGAAUUUUCAACCAUGCAGUGCCGAGAUGGAGCGUAUGUGGCAGGAGCGCGCCGACUACGGUCACUUCUUCUACCGCAUCCCUAAUGGCGAGAGCGCUGCCGAUGCGUAUGACCGGAUCAGCGGGUUUAACGAGAGUCUGUGGCGGCAGUUUGGGGAGGACGACUUCGCGAGUGUCUGCGUGCUGGUCACGCACGGCCUUAUGUCCCGUGUGUUCCUCAUGAAGUGGUACCAUUUCAGCGUUGAAUACUUCGAAGACCUGCGCAAUGUAAACCACUGCGAGUUCCUCAUCAUGCGUCGUAACGACGAGAACGGCAAGUACAUACUCGAGAACAAGCUGCGGACAUGGUCGGAGCUCAAGCGGGAGCGAGCACAGCAGCUAGCCACGGAGAACGGCGAGGAUGGGAAGGAGAACGGAAACAGUAAGGACGUCUCUACGCUCACGCGUGCCAGUACGGUCGAGGUUCGACGUCGUUGGGGAGGCUGUCCCAACGGCUGCAACCACGACAAGAGCUUCAAGAUCCGCCAGACGCUGGCUGACCUGGUCAAGAGCGACAACAUCAUCUCUAACCACGCCGUCGGCCUGGCUGAGAGCGAGACCGGGAGCGGGAGCUGCAGCGCUUCAGGCGGCAGCAAUAUCACUGCCGUGGCCAACGGGAGUAGCGGGGUCGCUGCUGGAGCAACCCACGGCAUCACCAACCCGUCUUUCAACGGCACAGGCAACAGCCAGACCCUGGUCAGCCGGAGACCGGCGGCCAGACGGUUCCAGUCCCAGACAAGCGACGGGACCGACGCCUCCCCCGAGCUCACCCUAAUAAAAGGCCCGCAAAUCGACGUGACCAAGGCUCGCGAUGAAGUGGUGUCCAGCCCAGAUGGCACGCCCUCCUUCAUCUCAGUGGACGACCGCCUCCGCUCACGCAUCAAGAGCCCCAAUCUGCCGCCGCGCCCGCUCGGACCGGCGCAGCUGCACGUCGGCCGUGACUUCGGCGGCAGCUACAGCGGGCACAACAGCGCGGCGAGCGACGACGACCACGACCACGACCAUGUCUCCUCCUCCGAAGACAACAGCCACCGUCGCCAGGGCGCCGAUGCGCCGGUCACACCCUCCUCGACCACCGCCAGCGAAAGCGGGGGUGCCGGCGCAAAUGAGAAAUUGAGUACCACGAAGCAGCCUCCACACCGGCUGCUGCACCAUCAUCACCAGAUGCUCCCGCACCGCCAUCGCGAGCAGCGCGAGCAGUCCCGCAUGGGCCGUGGCACCCGAGCCAAUCGGCUGGGCGACCACCACAGCAGUGACGGGGAGCACGAGGCCGACGGCGAGCACGAGCCGGAUGCGGAUGCGGAUGCGGAUGCGGACGAGCGCGAGCUGGGCGAGGAGAGCGGGUCGGAGCUGACGAGGGAAGAGGAGGUGGUGGACGACGAGUUGCGCGCUGCUGAGGCGGAGGAUCGGAGUAUUCAGGGAAGCGUUUACUAAGGCGGCCUUUUCGUGUGUGGUUGGCCUGCGAAUGUGUCAUGAGGUAUGAGUGAUUAUGCAUGGUGCCUUGUUUUUCUGUCUUUCUCGGUCUCGGAGUUGAAUGAAGCAGGCCGGGCGAUCUAUGGAAGCUUUUUGCUUU